UGUUAGGUGAUUGAUAGGAACUUUGAACUACAACCCCUAAGAAUUUUCCUUAACACAAUUCCUUUUGCAUUACAUACUCCCAUUUUUGAGUCCUUCCCACACGUACAAUUAGAAAAAACACUCAUUUUUACCGCGUUUUUUCGUUAAGUUUUCAGGGGUGUUAGCUUUGAUUUAGUCUAUUCUUUUGUUCUUUCAUCUCUUUAAUUUUGAUUUAAACUAUAUUUUGGGACGGAGAGAGUAUUAAAAUCAGAAUGCAGCUUCAUUUUUCGCCGAGUUUGAGGCAUGUAACUGUUUUCCCUGGUAAAGGAGUCAGAGAAUUCAUGAAAGUAAAACCUGGUUCAAGACGGUUUUCUUAUAGGAUGGUGUUGUACUCCCUUCUGUUUUUCGUAUUUUUGCUGCGUUUCGUUUUUGUGAUGACUGCGGUUGAUACAAUUGAUGGCCAAAGAAAAUGUUCCUCUAUAGGUUGCUUGGGAAAAAGGCUAGCUCCAAGGAUGCUAGGAAGAACGUCUUCUUCAAGUGUGCCAGAAGUCUUAUAUAAAGUAUUCGAAGAACCAAGUAGUUUAGUAAACGAGAAAAAUCCAGGACAUGAUAUUCCUCAGUCAUUAGAAGAGUUCAUGGCAGAUGUAAGAGAGACUAGACCAGAUGCCAAAACGUUUGCACUCAAGCUUAAAACAAUGGUGAACUAUCUUGAGCAAAGGACACGAACAGCAAAGAUUCAGGAAUACUUAUACCGGCAUGUAGCAUCUAGCAGCAUUCCAAAACAUCUCUAUUGCUUAACAUUAAGGCUAGCAAAUGAACACAGCAUGAAUUCAGCUGCUAGAAUUCAGCUUCCAAAUCCUGAACAAGUCCCUUUUCUUGUUGACAAUUCAUUCUUCCACUUUGUUUUAGCCUCUGAUAAUGUUUUAGCAGCCUCAGUUGUUGCAAACUCUCUUGUUCGAAACUCUCUCCACCCUGAGAAAGUUGUUCUGCAUAUUAUUACUGAUAAAAAGACAUUUGCACCUAUGCAAGCUUGGUUUUCCUUGCACCCUUUGACACCUGCAGUAAUUGAGGUGAAGUCAUUGCAUCAGUUUGAUUGGAUUAGUAAAGGGAAAGUUCCUGUUUUGGAGGCUAUGGAGAAGGAUCAAAAGGCUAGAUCACAAUUUAGAGGUGGUUCCCAAGCUAUUGUGGCAAGUCAUUCUGAAAGGCCUAAUGUUAUUGCUGCUAAGCUUCAAGCUAUGAGCCCUAAAUAUAACUCUAUCAUGAAUCACAUCAGAAUACAUCUUCCAGAGUUGUUUCCGAGCCUGAAAAAAGUUGUCUUCCUCGAUGAUGAUAUCGUGAUACAAACUGAUUUGUCACCCUUAUGGGACAUUGAUAUGGAUGGAAAGGCCAAUGGAGCAGUACAAACAUGCAGUGGAGAUGAUAAAUUUGUAAUGUCUAAAAGACUCAAGAACUAUUUGAACUUCACUCAUCCUUUGAUAGCCAAUAGCUUCCACCCAGAGGAAUGUGCUUGGGCUUAUGGCAUGAACAUCUUUGAUUUAGAGGCUUGGAGAAACUCUGACAUUACUCAGACCUACUAUCACUGGCUCCAACUGAACUUGGAGUCAGACCUAAGUUUAUGGCAGCUAGGCACAUUACCACCAGGACUAAUAGCAUUCCAUGGUCAAGUUCAUGUCAUUGAUCCAUUCUGGCAUAUGUUGGGUCUCGGAUACCAAGAAAAUACUAGUCUUGCAGAUGCUGAAAAUGCUGGUGUUGUUCAUUUUAAUGGGAGGGCAAAACCUUGGCUUGAUAUAGCUUUUCCACAACUCAGGCCAUUAUGGGCUAAAUAUAUUGACUUUUCAGAUAAAUUUAUCAAGGGUUGUCAUAUUACAGAAACUUGAU